AUGUUCGUUCGUGUAGCGACCUGCGCUGCUCUCCUCGGAGCACAUGGCGUUUUCGCUGAUUCAGAGCCGCUGAUUGAGGUGGCGUUGGCUCCACCGGUGGGAGGCUCCGCGGGCUUUGCAAACUUCGCAAAGCAAGAAGCAUCGAUGGAGGCAUCGGCCCUGCAGUCGCUGUCGGGUGCAUACCAGAGCGCGAUCGCCUCUGCCAAACAGCAGAUCGAUGCUGCAGUCAAGGGUUCUUUUCUGCAGAAGAGGUCCGAUGAGAUCUUCGUGCGUGUGCUUGAUGCCCCGGCACCUGCAAGUCUUGGACGCGCAGAGGCUAUGGAGGGAAUGCGCCAGAAGAUGGAAAGCGCCUCUAUCGCACAGGCUAUGAGCGAAUUCGAUAGCUUAACGAAGGUGGUCGUUGGCGAGUUGCACAACGCUCUCCACAGCAGCUUCUUGCGUGGAGGUCAGAUUGGCGUCAAAGUCAAGGCAUCGGACAUUCCCUUCGCCAGCACCCUGGACUUGCUGCGAGCACAGGAGACUGGCCGCGAUAUGUCUGAGGAGAAGUUGCAGUCGAAGGUCCUGGACAUGCAGAUCGCGUUUGUGAAGACGCUCAACGGCAUGAUUGCAGCUGCUCUCGCGUAA